CCACCCUGGCGGGGAGAUGUGUGCGUGAAAGAAAAGGACGUCACGUGACCGCCUCUUACUCUUGACCCUCCAUCAUCAUCUGAGGAUAAAGACUUGAUUCGUCUCAUCGAGCGCCACGUUCCUCUCGUUUGAAUCCGUAGGAUGCUUUUUAAACGAACAGGGGAAGAGGCGACAUUGUGGCACUGAUCGGGCGUCUGGUUUUCAAGGCAGCUGGUGUUGAAGAUUGCGAGUCUGUUUGCAAGUGGAGGAAAAUACUGAGCGGUCAUUAUGGCAGAAAACAACUUCCCCCCCCUGCCUCGAUUCAUCCCCCUCAAGCCAUGCUUCUACCAAGACUUCAAUGAGAUCCCAGACCAGCGUCGCACCAUGUGCAAGAGGCUCUACUACCUGUGGAUCUUGAACAGUGCCACACUGGCUGUUAAUCUGAUUGGCUGCCUGGCGUGGAUGUGCGGAGGUGGUGGAGCGACCAACUUUGGCAUGGCCUUCCUGUGGCUCAUCCUCUUCACCCCCUGCUCCUACGUGUGCUGGUUCAGGCCCAUCUACAAGGCCUUUAAGACAGACAGCUCCUUCAACUUUAUGGCUUUCUUCUUCGUCUUCAUGGCCCAGGUGGUGAUUAGUAUUAUUCAGACUGUUGGCAUUCCAGGUUGGGGAGUGUGUGGCUGGCUGGCUACCAUCACCUUUUUCAGCACCAAUAUUGGGUCAGCUGUGGUGAUGCUGAUCCCCACCAUUAUGUUCACUGCAGUGGCUGUGCUCUCCUUCAUCGCCCUCUCAAAGGUUCAUAACUUCUACCGCGGUAGUGGGGGCAGUCUGGGUAAGGCCCAAGAGGAGUGGACCAGCGGGGCCUGGAAGAACCCCCAUGUGCAACAGGCGGCUCAGCAGGCGGCCAUGGGCGCCGCGCAGGGCGCCAUGCAGCAGGACCAGUACUCAGCCGCUCCCACCUACAACUACGACGACCCAAUGUAGGACAGAGGCGGGGGCCAGGCUGACGAGUGGGAGAGAUAUAAAAAGGGAUCAAUUAACACAAAUCAGAAUUAGGUGCCCUUCAUUAUGAUACUGUACAAGCUGAAUUCAAAAAGAACAAUGUAGAGGAAAGUCAUGUUUCUGGUGGAAUUGUACUUUAUUGAAUUUUGAUUUCAACCUUUUUAUAUUCUGUUCACAUUUAAAUCCACCGGUUAUUAAAAAGCUUCUUCUUUUAAAUCUCUCAUGCUGCUCAAUUUUAGCUAGUCAGCGUGUGUGUGUUGCUUUUUAAUGGAGACACAUAAUAUAGCUAAUGCUAAUCCCCUGAGCUUCAUCAGUUUAUUCAGGUCGGUUCGUCUAUGGUCAACACAGGGUGACUUCUCUGCCUCCGCCUGUGUCACUCUCUUAAUAUUUCAUUAGCAUAUUUACGUUACAGAAUGCUAAAACAAAUUUGCCCCUCAUUUAACUAGAUAGUUAGCAGCUACUUAGCGUAGGUUAGCGUAAUGACUAUCCAAAUGUUACAAAAAAUAUACAACUCAACUCAAUUAAUGUGUUUAAUAGUGAUCAAUUAUUGAUUGACUAGUGAGCUUUACAUUUGGACAAAGCCAGACUGGUUGAUUCCAGUCUCUGUUCUGUGCUAACAGGUUAGUAGUUUUAUUUAUCACGAGUGGAAUUGAUCUUCUUCAAAUUUAUGUGUAAUUAAAUCUUUAGGCUUUUAUUUAGAUGUCUAAUCUCUAUGUAAACCCCAUUCUUUUGGUAGAAGAAGAAAAAGUUAAAUUUGACCAAAAUGUUAAACAAAAUUUUAACAAAUACCCCGACUGUAUUUUCAGCUUUUAAAUCCAGUAGAGGCAGUUUACAGUUCAUGUUUUAACGACCUGUUUUUUUAAAAUUUAUUUUCUGACAACGUUUACGUUAAAUUCAAAAGAUUUUCACAUUCUCAGGAAAUUUGUGAUAGCUGGUUUUAAAUUCUACACCUGUAAAGCCCUUAAAGUGUCAACGUCUCGGGCUGUUGUCUCCCUUCUUCACCACUAUUUAACCAUUCUGUGUUUUGGUGUGUUCGGUUUUGUCGUUACCUCCCGGUUAUGUGUUGAGCAGGUUGAUUUCAGUUAAAUGAAUUAUCAUUAUGAUUACAACGAUCAAGUGAAGCACAUGCAGUAUUUAGGAUUGCAGUUCUUUGGAUAAAACAUUCCAAAGUCAUCGUUGUACAGGUUAAAAGUGACAGAAAACCAAAAUGCUUGCAGUUCUGAACAAUACAGUUAAUAUUAAUAAUCCUUGUUGUCGGUGGUCAUAGCAUUGUAUGAAGUGAUGGAUGUUUCCUCCCUUGGCAAAUUCUUCCACUAAACCCCUACAUGUAAAUGCUUCAAUGGCUACUUGUUUCUGAAGCUCUGGACUUCAGGCCUUAGUGUGUCAUUUCGUGGCUGUCGGUGUUAUUCCAUGAGUAGGUGUGAUAAUUACAUUAAAAAGAAAAUACUGAAUAUAAAAUUCAAGCCAAUAACUUCAAGUGAAAGUGAGAGGGAGGAUAUUUGUGCGUGGCCCUCGUGAUGCCCAACGUGUUCGGAGACAGCGUCAUGAAAAAGCUUCUUUUUUUUCUGCCUCGUGUCACUUUGACUCUUCAAGACUCAGUAGAUGGUUAUUAAAGUAAAACAGUAUUAGACUUGAAACAAAUGUGAAGUAUCUGAAUGCUCGUGAUUUCAAAACCCGUGAGUUGUCUCGUCUGAUCGUGAUGAUGUGGUAUUCAAUAGGCUGUUUGUUGUUUUCCUUUUUUAGGCGUUUUAUUUUGUACCAACCCCGUUUUUCUUUUUUUUGAAGAUGUGUGUGAGUGUGACGGACAUGUUCAUUGUGUCUUUCCAUGUCUGUAGAUAACAAUUUUUUUCAUAAAAAUUUUUUUUUUGUAAAAAUCUAAGUAAAGUUUGCACUGCGUUUCCUGUUGACAUCAGUGCAAACCUAAUUCACAGUGAAUCACAGUGUAGCAAUACUAACAGGAAUAUAUUAUAAACAGUAGAAUUAUUAGGAUUGAGUGGGGUUCUGUUGUGCAGGCCUCAAAUAUGGAGACAAAUACUAACAACCAUAACAUAAAAGUGUUAUGAAUUGAAAAAUGAAACAGGGGCCUGUUUUUUUCCAAGAUGGACACCACUAGUAUAUUUUACAAUUGCAUUACAUUCUCACCAGCAGAUGCACACAGUCGUUACAACCCUGUAAAAUGUACCACACAUGCUCAUCUGUUAGCAAAUGCACAACGUUUAGCUCUAAAAAUUGUAGAGUGUAAAGUUAUGCACAAAGACGAACAAAGAAAUUCUCUGUGGCAGUUAAUGUGGCAGUAUGUCCAGUUAAUAAUCGCGGUGGGUGUUUGGAUCAGUCUGCCACGUGUGUGUACAGCACAGUCAAAGUGUUUAUGGAAAUUGCAGCUGUAGUUGUUGUGUAGCGGGAACUUCAGUGUGUCGGACUCAUCUCAUGUUGCUAUAUCAAAGCUUAUGGAAGCCAUCUCCCAUUUAACUUCCCCACGUCCCCACAUGUGCUGUAUGUUGUUUGAUAUGUAUUAUUACCAUGUACUAUAUCAUGAGUAGAUAUACAUAUAUAUAAUUACUUGAAAUGAGGUAAAUAUUUGCUGUGGAUAAACAAAUAGGAACUUGCUCUAAUUAGGUGAAUGAGGAGGCUGUGUCUCCAUGAGUGAAGUCAAUGAGGAAUACAUUUUUGUGUAUUACUUUUGUAUUAUUUGGUCUUACCCUGAUAGAUAUUAAAGAGUUCUUGUUGCA